AUGUACCCUACUCGUGGCAUCCAAGUUCCUGUUGCGUCUUCAGUCACCCUCGAUGAGCUUCCUACGUUCGCCAGCCUCACCGCACAAUCAGUGGGCAAGUCCUCCAUAACUGAUUGGAUACUUGACCCCUACCCUGACAAACCUCGUGUCGUGUUCGGGAAAGAUGGGUCGUUCAAAUUAACGGUCUUCGCCGACAUUCAUUAUGGCGAGAACCCUUGGGAUUGGUGGGGCCCUGAGCAAGAUGUUAACACGAGUCAAUUGAUGAGAACCAUGCUGGCGAUGGAGCGACCUGAUUAUGUGAUCAUCAACGGGGACCUCAUUACAGGGGAAAACACAUUUCGAGAGAAUUCCACCACCCUUAUCGAUACCAUCGUACAAUCUUUGGAUGAUGCCAAAGUCCCUUUCUCCUCGACGUAUGGGAACCAUGAUAACCAGGUCAACAUUACCCAUAUUGAAGAAAUAGCACGAGAAACGUCCAUAACUCCCUUCAGUUUUACCCGUCGUUCGCCACCUGGUGUCGGUGGGGUUGGUGGACCAGGUAACUAUUGGGUACCUGUCUAUGAAAAACAGACAGAUAUCUCUCCCGUUCUGGUCCUGUGGUUUUUUGACUCACGAGGGGGUGUUCACACGAAUGGCACCGCAAUGCCAGAUUGGGUGGACGAAUCCGUGGCUGGUUGGAUUGCUGAUGAGACCGAAGCUAUGAAUGUCGCCUGGGGACCUCCUGAGUCAAGGAGUGCACUUGCGUUCGUUCAUAUACCCCCCCAUUCAAUCCGAGCUGUGCAGGAAACGUUAAAUAGCACUAUCAACCCUGGUCUCAACGCGGACGAGUUAGGACAAGGUUCGACGCAAGCGACCAGCAAUCCUGCAUCUGCAGGCAAUGAUCAGCCAUUCUGGGAUGCACUCAAUACGCAUGUCAAAAACCUACGAGUGGUAAUAUCCGGUCACGACCACGGGGAUGAAUGGUGUGCACGAGAGCCAGCCUACGAUGUCAUCUUCUGUUUUAGCAAGCACUCUCGGGUGAGCAUCUUGUUGUCCAGAUACGGUGGCUACAGUGAGGAAGGUUGGGGCAGAGGGGUCCGUUCUUUGGUCUUUCGUUCUUCCCUUCCCAGUGAUGAAAUUGACACUUAUAUCUUGCUGGAGGAUGGCACGGUGAGAGCUAAGGUCUUGCUAAAUGGUGAAUACAGAUAG